CACUCUUUUACUGGUACUUUUUGUAUUUUCAGCGCAUUAGUGGAUAACAUGUUUCAAAAUAUGUAUUUUACCAAGCACUUGCUAAAAUACACACUUUGUAUUUUUCUCUCUAAAUUACUUUGACAUAUUUAAUUUGUAUUUUUUUUAAUGCAUGUAUGUGAACGGGACUUUUAUUUUGAUCUGUCUGUGACAUCACAUGGCUGGACCGCUCUCCUCUGGCUCAACAAAGGAACAAGAAACUGAGAACAUCUGAGAUCCAUGUGACAUACUAUUAUCAAGAUGGCAUUUAUUAAAGAGGAGAGUGAAGACGUGAGCAUUUCAGAGUCAUGCACAGUGAAAAUUGAAGAUGCUGAGGAUGAUACAGACCUGGUGGUGAUGAAAGUCGAGAGUCAAGAAUUGUAUGAAUCAGAGGAGAAAGAUCCAUAUGAGAAACGUCAUGGAGAAAAUCUUUGUGUGCAGACUGAAAAGGAGUCCUCUCAAAAAAGAGCUCGAAAGAAAAGUUUCAAAAACUGUUACGCCUGCCCUCAAUGUGGCAGGAAUUUCACUUACGAAAAAAGCCUUAAAAAACAUGAGUUAAUGCACAAUGUACAGUGCCCUUUCACCUGCCAGCAGUGUGGGAACAUUUUCACUACGAAAGGAAGCCUUAAAAACCACAUGAGAAUUCACACCGGAGAGAAGCCUUUCACGUGUGAUCAAUGCGGAAAGAGUUACACGCGAAGCAAGACCUUAAAAGAUCACAUGAGAAUUCACACUGGAGAAAGACCUUUUAAGUGUGAUCAGUGUGGAAAGAGUUACAUACGAAGCAAGACCUUAAAGGAUCACAUGAGGAUUCACACUGGAGAAAGACCUUUCAAAUGUGACCAAUGCGGAAAGAGUUUCAUGCAUAAAGUAACCCUUAAUUUACACAAGAGAAUUCACUUGCGAGAGAGCCAUUUUAUUUGUCAUCAGUGUGGAAAAAGCUUCAAAGACAUUGAACGCCUUAACAGGCAUGUGAUAAUUCACUCCGGAGAGAAGCCCUUCAAGUGCCACCAGUGUGGAAAGGGGUUCCAAAUAAAAAACAACCUAAAGGCACAUAUGAAAUGUCACAUUGAGGAAAAGCCAUUCAAGUGCAAUCAAUGUGGAAAGUGUCUAAAACACGAAACAUCCCUUAAUUACCACAUGAGACUUCACACUGGAGAAAGGCCUUUUACCUGCCUUCAAUGUGGAAAAAGUUUCAUUCUUGAAGGACAACUUAGUCGUCACAUAAGAUACAUUCACACAGAGGAGAAGCCUUUCGUGUGCAAUUACUGUGGAAGGAUUUGUGAAAGCAAAUCAAACCUUAAGAUCCACAUACAAGUUCACACAGGAGAAAAGCCUUUCUCCUGCCCUCAGUGUGGAAAGCGUUUCAUACAUAAAGGACUCCUGAAUUAUCACAUGAGGCUUCACACUGGAGAAAAGCCCUUUAGUUGCCAUCAGUGUGGCAUGAGUUUCAGAUACAAAGGUCUUCUUAAUGGUCACAUGAGAAGUGUUCACACCAACGAGAAGCCUUUUACGUGCCAUCACUGUGGAAGGAUUUGCGAAAGCAAAUCUAAACUUCAGAUUCACAUGCGAAUUCACACUGGAGAAAAGCCCUUCUCCUGUCCUUGUGGUAAAAGUUUCGCACUUAAAGGAAAUCUUACAGCUCACAUGAGGCUUCACACUGGAGACAGGCCUUACAUGUGUGUUCAGUGUGAGAAGAGUUUCGCCUAUCUACGACAGCUGAAAAGUCAUUUACAAACUCAUUUCGGAGAGAAAUCGCAGUGUUCUGAAUGUGGCAAGAAGUUCGCAAAGACAAGCAAUUUUGAAAAUCAUCUGCGCAUUCAUUCUGGACUGAGGCCAUUUAAUUGCGAUCGAUGUAAUAAAAAGUUUCAUUUGCCAUCACACUUAAAGAUACACCUGAAAAGUCAUGCAGACAAGACACCUUAUAUGUGUUCUUUGUGCAGAAAGAGAUUUAAAUGGCUCUGCAAUUUAAGAUCGCACAAGAGAUUUCAUAGCCGUGUGAAACCUAUUUCCAAAACAAAACCUAGAGAAAAACCUGACACUGUAAAAAGUGACUUUAGUAGCGGUCACAUGAUGGCACCUUAGCUGUGUUAUAGUUGCAGAUCUUGAUCAUUUAGUGUCUUGUUUUGGAGCUACAAAGUGUCAUAGACAUUUCUGAUACUGUAUUGGGGUUAUAACUGGGGUUGGAGGAGAUACUGUAUCACUGCUUUUUUAUUUUAAAGUUUUACUCGUCUGUAGGGGCUGUUGGGGGAGCGCCCCACCAAAAUAUUAAUCCACUUGAUAACAUAGACUUUUUAUAUAAACAUUCAAUUCUACAUUUAACUCGUAAAUUUCUUUCAGUAGCAUUCUACAACCAAUAUAUUUUGUACUUUCUAGACUAUAGUCACAUAUAGGAUAUAUGUGACCCUGGACCACAAAACCAGUCUUAAGGGUCAUUUUUCUUUUUUUUUAAAUUGAGGAUAGGACGAUAUUUGGCUGUGAUACAACUAUUAGAAAAUCUGGAAUCUGAGGGUGCAAAAAAAUUCAAAAUAUAAAUCCCCUUUAAAGUUAAAGUUCCCGGCAAUGCAUAUUACUAAUCAAAAAUCUAGUUUUAAUAUAUUUAAGGUAGGAAAUUAACAAAAUAUCUUAAUGGAACAUGAUUUUUACUUAGUAUCCUAAUGAUUUUUGGCAUAAAAGAAAAAUCGAUAAUUUUGACCCAUACAAUGUAUUGUUCAAAUGCAAAAGCCUUACGUACGUCUGACGUUUUUCUUUAAAAUUAGCAUUUCUUUUUGGCUACUAUGUAUAGGUUUCUUUGUAUGUACUUCCACUUCUGAAUGAGUUCAGUCUGGGAUUUAGCACAUUUGAUAUGAAAGUACUUGAUGAACAUAUACCAUGUGUGGAGAGCAUUCACUCAGUAUCGUUAUCUCAUUUUUGACCAAGAUGGCUUUUAGAGGCUUUUGCAUUGGAACUCUUCAAAUAUAACUGUGCUACUUACGUUUUUUUUGGUCCAGGGUCGCAUAUUAAAAUCUCACAUAUGAUUUAGUUUAGUUUGCAUUAGUUUAGCAACUAGUAAGUCAGGUUGUGAACAUGUCUGUUGCUCUUUAAAAGUGGGCAGGAGAAUGUGCAGAGUAGCGUACCAAAUUAAUGACUAAAUCCUUUUGUUUAAAAUUCCUUGGGUGAAUAGCCUGGACCCUGCUGAAAAAAAUAAUACAUAGAGACCAUCACAGGUUUCCACUACAAAUACCAUUACAGACCAUCAACUAUUAACCAUAAAAACCAUUAUAAAUGCUUUCCUGUAGUGUGUUUAAGGACAUAUUCUAUUAGGACUUAGUAGUUUUAACAAGCCACCAAUAGAAGGUGCCAAAUUACCAGUAGAGACCCACAAGGCCUUUUACAGUUUCCAUUAAAACCAACACAAUUCCCCAUUAUAAACAGUAAAACCAUUACAAAUUCUGUGAUUGUUUCUAUUGUUUCUUUUUUCUUUUUUUUUUUUUUCAGCAGAGUAAACCAUUCUGUUGUGUUUGUUUUGUAUUUGUUGAGCCAACAUGGCUUUAUUUUCCUCUCCUGAAUUUCUACAAUUCAACAUUCAAACACAUAUGCACAUAUGAACUUGGACAACAAAACCAGUCAUAAAGGACAAUCUGAGGGUGCAAAAAAAAUCUAAAUAUUGAGAUUACCUGCAAAGUUGACCAGAUGAAGUUCUUAGCAAUGCAUAUUACUUAUCAAAAAUUAAGUUUUGAUAUAUUUACGGUAGGACAUUUACAAAAUAUCUAAAUGGAACAUGAUCUUUACUUAAUAUCUUAAUGAUUUUUUGGCAUAAAAGAAAAUUCAAUAAUUUUGACCCAUAUGUAUUGUUGGCUAUACAUUGUUGGCUACUUAAGACUGGUGUUGUGUUCCAGGGUCACAUAUGACACUUUAUGCAUGGGUAUAUAGCUUGUCAAACAACAUGACAGUGCCACCUUCAGGCUGAAUUACAUAAGGACACUUGACCUCUUCCAAAAUUGUGUCUGUGAGUUCAGCGAUUACAAAGUAAAAAGUGCAAGUGGUUAAUCACAAUUAUCUAUUAAACCUGUAGUAUAUGCUUUGCUACAACCCAGAAUCUGCCCCACCUUGAUUUAUAGCUGCUAUUGGUACUCAUGAGUGAACUUCAAAUACAGACGCUUAAAAUGUGCAUUUUUUUGUUUUGUUUUGUUAAAAUGAAGAAAAUUGAGCAAGUACAUAAAAAUAAAUGUCCAAACUCAUCUUCAUGCCUUAUCCCAACUCACUGUGGUGGUGAGCAUAUAAUAUUAAUUCAAGUUGCACUGUCGAGUCAGAUUUUGUGGAAUAUUCCUUUCCCACAUUAUUUUGGCAUAUUCUUGUCAUCUUUGUAAACAUUUGUCCUGUUAUUAUGUGUGUGAUGCAUGGUGCUACAACAAAUAGUAUUGAACUGAACUAGUCAGGUAACUCUAUAUGUGAAUGAUGAAAAAAAAAAAACUUUUUCAUGCUUUUUCAUUCAGUCUAAAUGUUUUUCUACCAUCAGAAUUUUUCAUGUACUGUUGUAUUUUUUACUAUUUAUGCAUAUGUAUACUAUUCAUAUUGUACCUUUUUCAGUGUGCUGCCUUUUCUACCUUUCUUUCUGAUAUUUGAUCAGAAUAAUCAAAUCUGUAUGUAUGGACUCAUCUGGCAAAUCUGAAAAUGUCAAGUUUAAAAUAAAAAAGACUUGGAAUUUCAGUCAUAAACUUGCAAGACUUUAGAAACAAUGGUUAAAAAAUUAAUAGACUAUAUAGGCUGUUGAUUGGAAUUGCAAACAUGACACAAGUGAAAACAAUAAAA